GAGUUCAUUAGACAACAAAAGCUGUAAAAAUCGCAUCAUAUAUAAUGCACGCCCACGGUGGCAUGUAUAUUGAGCUGAUACGUACAGUUUUUGGUUUGCUAUAAAUCUGGGAUCAGAGGAUUAGGCAGAGAUCAAUCGGAGCAAGUUCAUUUGUUAAGAACAGCCAAAUGUUAACAAGACCCAGACCUACACAAUCCAUUCAACACUCGAAUUUCAUCAAGUCGAAAAUCUUGAACCUUAACAUGGGUUCGCUGUUCAGUGACACAACGCCAGUUUUUCUUGGGGUUAUGCACAUUAUGGCAUCUGCUUGGAGUCUUCAGCAAACGAGCUGCUUAUUGAGCAUGUCCUGGAGAGGAUGUCAUUAGUCAUGGGAGCCAUUUUCUGGAAUUAAGAUACCGCAAUGGUUAAGAAGAUAAAGGAACCCCAAGAAAAUACUGAGCUAGAGGAAGGAUAUUUGUCGCGAGGCGAAAUUAUUAGAAUUGAACAUGGGGAUGAGUCCAACUUGUUCAGCAUCCGUAAUAUCGAGAACGACGAAGCAAAUGACGAAGACCAGAACAGUUGUCCUACGGAAAAGAAGGCAUGUUCGGGUUUAUAUUAUCCAACCGUGAAUUUGGUUGCAAUUCUUGUUUCAAUGUGUGACCCAAUAACGGACGUCGCAUCUGCAGUCCAAAACUUUCUCUACGGAGGUUCCGAAAGGUUUUUCCAUGGUGUCAUGAUCUUACUUCCAAUCUUAGGAUCUAUUCUAAUAAACCACGUGUCAAGCCCAUAUCGCAAGCAAGAAGAUUUAUUUGUACUUUCUCCAGCAGAGAAAGUCCAGUUUAAGUCAUGGUGGCUUAAAACGGGGAUCAUUGAUUCUUGCUAUUGGAGCUUCAAACAUUGGCGAGCAACGGGAGAAUACUUACAACAUAAGGACUCUCCCAAUAUAAAGGCUACCUUCUACAAAACAAAGCAAAUGAUGCAGCUCUCGGUCAAGAAUGAAGCCCAAAUGGAAGCAUCAUUCCAAGCGGGCUUAACAUUGUUCCGUAUUCUACGGUUUCAGAAUAGUUCCACUAUCGAGUUUUCGCUAUCAGUGGCGUCUCUCAUCUUUUCGGCCUUGUCCAUCGCCCGAGCUGCUAGUAGUGACUUGGUCAAGACGAACAUCAAAGGAAGAAACGACAAACUCAUCGAAACGGUAAAAUCGGAGGACUUGACAAAAUCCAAGAUGAUGUUGGUUGAAAAGGAAAAUGAAAUAAUUCUCGGAUUUUACAACACGAUGCAGUCUAAAUGGUGGAAAAUUGCUAGAAUUGGGGCUGUAGUGCUCCUAACAGGUAAUAAACCGAAAUGGCAAUGACGCCACUGGCUGUAAAUGUCUAAUAAUAUGUCUAAUAAUAAUUUGUAGUAGUAACGAAUUAAAACUAAAAUGAUAAUCUGCAUGUUAAUUUGCAUUUAUAAAUGUAGGUUAUCACGAAUUAUGCCUUCCCGACCUUAAUUACGACACUAUUUGCAUAUCCAAUGCACUACACGGGUUCUACUGCUAGGUUGUAGUGAGAAAAAUGACUCAACUGACCAAUUGAUAACACCUUACGUUACAAUAAAUAUGACACCACGGCAUAGAUUUACAAUUUAUAAAAUCCCCACUAUUUAUUCCCACAACGAGACUUAUUAAAUUGAUGGCUUGGAGGGAGGAGAGACAAAUAGCUAACUUGACCGAACAUAAAUUGUGACCAGACAAGAAACCUUUUUGGUACUGACUAGAUGACUUUAUCAGUACAUUACCCGCAUAGGAUGACCUUUUUGCGGUGCCCUAAAACGUACCCUUAUUUCUUAUUCUGUCGCUUUUACUGCCACGAUAAUUUCUUUCUUCUUUUCUACAGCUUCUGUCUUUUUCCUCUUCUUUCCCAGCUACCUUGUCCGGCCAACUCUCGCAACCAACUGACUGAUUUUUGCUCGUGCACGCAGUUUUGUGCAGCGAGCCAAGAGCAUUCCCAUGACAACUCACAUUACCCCAAAACUACUUUCUCCAAAAUAAAAUACUAAGAAUAUUCUCCUAACAUAUAAAUAAUACUCUCACACAUCCCCUCCCCCAAAGCCACGCAUAUAAAUUAACAAUACUUUUAAACAACAAGUUUCAAACAAUAUAAAAUAUGUAUAAAUUCACUGUCGCCGAAUCUUCGAUUUUGCUCGGCGUUCCUCUUCAGCUUUACGCUUGGCCUUCUCAUAUUUUUUGGUGGUAUUCGAUGCCCAAAUCUCAGCACUCGGUCGAUGUACUUCGACGUUCGGAAACCGGGGAUGAGACGGAGACGGACGUGGCGGAAUCAAGAUUUCGGUGGAGUGAACUGGAGUUACAAUCGAUGGGCAUUUUUACUGCAUAGCUGUGAGUACGGCCGAGGGCAGCGUUUGAAGAUGUGGUGAGGUUUGAAGAGUACCCGUAGCUUCCAACUCUCGUUGUUCUCUCCACAACGCUUCCUUUUUCGCCUUCAAUUCUUCCUUUCUCCUCUUCAAAGAAAUUUCCUCCUCUUGAAGGUCGGCCCAGCGUUCGGCUAACGAUUUUUUCUUUGAUGGUGGUGGAGGAAGGGGAGGAGGAAACGGGGUCAAUUUCGGCAUCCCGGCCAUUUUCCACACUAGUGCUACGGCUUCGAGCUGAGGAUGACGGACAGUCCCAGGGAGAAGACCCAUCAUCUUGUCGGACCUCAUCAGAGAUUUGUACACAUGAGGACUGGGAAGAUCGGAGGACGUUAACUUUUGCUGCGGGUUCAUCUACAAAGACAAAACGCUUUAAAUUAUCUGCACUGAAUCUUCCUUUGUUUUCGCCACUCUCUCCAUCCUUCAGAAUAAAUGUAGAAUUGCCAACUUUCUCUACAAUCUCAAAUGGCCCGUCAUAUUUAGGAAGAAGGGCAGCAGUAACACCUUUAGCUGGGACAAGUGGUGACAUUUUAAUAAAACGUGAUCACCUACUUUAAAUUUUGAUUCUUCUCUCUCUUUAUUAUAAGAACUCAUGUAUCGAGCCUGAUUUGAAACUAUGUUCGAUUUCGCUAAAUUGUGAAUAAAUCCCAUCCUCUUUGCAAAAUUCUCUCCUACACAUUUCGAUACAGCAAUACCAAGAUUGUUAUCUACCGGAGUUCUCAACUCUCUACCAAAAUUUAAAUACGCAGGGGAAAAACCAGUAGUAUCAUUUAUUGUAGAGCGGAUAGCAAAACCUAAUUCUGCCAAAUUUCGGUCCCAAUCUUUACAUUCUGAAAUCGUGGACACAAUCAUUGAUUUUAUGGUUUGAUUAUAUCUUUCAGUGGGAUUUGCUUGUGCAUGAUAAGGAGAGAUUCGAAGAGAUUUUGCUCCAACCGUUUCACAAAAAGACUCAAAAACCUUGCUUUGAAAUUGAGUACCAUUAUCUGACAAAAUCUGUUCAGGAAAGCCCCACCGGCAAAAACAUUCCCACAAUUUUGUACAAAUUGUUUUCGCAUCCGAUUUACGUAUGCAAUACAAUUCAACCCAUUUUGAAAAGGUGUCGACAACUACCAAUAGAAAUUUCGACUGAUUUACCCCACGAGUGUAAGGACCCAUCAAAUCAAUUGAAACUUUCUCCCAUGCUCCCAAUACUUCACCAGCUUUUCCUAAAGAACUACUUCCGGUUCUGUCUGGCUUCACUUUCUGGCAUAUCGGGCAACUCGCGACAAACUUUACGACAUCUUUACGCAUCGAUUUCCACCAAAAUCUUUCCUCUAAUCUAAAAUAAGUCUUCCUAAUUGCUAAAUGGCCAGCUAAUAAACUACAAUGAAAAUACUCUAAAAUUUUAGUUUUUAAACAAUCUGGCACCCACACUUUAUAAUCAUUAACGUCCUCCUCCCAUGGUUUUGACAGUGGAUUAAUUUGUUUAUACAGACAACCAUCUGAAGAGACAAAUGCACCUCGAGCCAAUUUCAAGAUCUGAUCUUUCUGUUCGCAUGAAACAUUAGGAAGUGUAGAAUGCAUAGCAAACUCCUUUAUGUAUUUCAAAGCUAAAUCACUUUCUUGUGCCGAAACUAACUCUUCUCUGGUUAAAGAAAGUGACUCGAAUGUACAAACAACUGCAGCUCGUGAUAAGGCAUCUGCAGUGCGAUUUAAAUGACCAGCUCGAUACGCUACAUCAAAAUUGUACCCCUGUAACUCUAAAGCCCACCUAGCUAAUCUACCUGUCGGCUCUUUGAUUUUCAUUAACCAGCACAAAGCUUGAUGAUCAGUUUCGACAGUAAAGUGAGAAUACUCAAUAAAUCCUUUAAACUUCUUUAUCGCCUGAAUUACUGCCAAACAUUCCUUCUCACUAACUGAGUAGUUUCUCUCAGCAUCGUUAAGAACCCUGCUAUAAAACCAGACUGGAUAUCGAAUAUUUUCAUGCUCUUGAAGAAGAACAGCACCUAAACCGAUAUCCGAACUGUCAGUCUGAAUUAUAAAGGGUUUAUUUAAAUCUGGUAAACGCAGACUGCACGAUUUCAAAAGUUCACAGCGCAAUAUUUCAAAAGACUUUUGAGCAUCUACUGACCAAAAAAAGGAACCCCUUUUUUCAUCAUACUUGUGAGAGGCUUUGCGAUGCUUGAAAAGUCAGGAAUAAAUUGUCUGUAAUAACCACAUAAUCCUAAAAAUAGUUGGAUAUCUUUCACAUUUCUGGGCCUCUGAUAUCCUUCUAAUGCACUCAAUUUAUCCAAACUAGGAGAACCUGUGCCAUUCUCGAUAAUAUAACCUAAAUAUUGAAUUUUACUUCUUAAUAACUGAAAUUUGCCUGGGUGUAAUCGUAAACCCUCUUCUAACAGCCGUGUAAAUACUAUUCUUAAAUGUUCAAUGUGUUCUUUUAAAGAGUUUGAAUAAAUAAUAAGGUCAUCGACAAAAGCAACAACAAAUUUCCAUUUAUAUUUUCCUAAAACUCGGUCCAUGGCCUUCUGAAACGUUGCUGGACUAUUCCGGAGCCCAAAACACAUUUUCAAAUAUUGAAAUAAACCCCAAGGAGUAUGAAAAGCUGUUUUACAUUUAUCUUUGUGAGAAAGUGGAAUAUUAUAAAAGCCGUCAGUAAUAUCAAAGGUUGAAAUGUACUUUGCACUACCCAAACACGUAAGAAUGUCAUCAAUUCGGCUCAUUGUAUAAGAAUCGGGAACGGUAACUUUAUUCAGGGGGCGAAAAUCAAUACAAAGACGAAAUUUGCCAUUCGGUUUUGGGACGAUAACUGUAUUCGAUGCCCAUGGACUAUUAGACUUUUCAAUAGCGCCUUUUGCUAGUAAUUCGUUAACUAAACCCUCUAAAAUUUUCCUCUUAGCUGGUGUCAUGGGUCUAGGGUUGCAUUUAAUUGGUUUCGAAUUUCUGGUGUCAAUUUCAUGUUCAAAAUUCUGAGUAUAACCAGGAGAUUUGCUAAAUAAUGGAGCAAACUCCUCCAUAACAUUUCGAACACCAAAUGUUUGCUCGUCUGUCAGGCCGGUUUUUGAAAGAAUAUCGUCAAGAUCGAGAGGGGAGGUGCAAGUCUCAUUUUGACUGGGGUACAACUCGACCGACGCGUCUUCAAAAAUCAAGUGAACUUCCUCGAACUCUUUUAACUCUUCUAUUAGUUUCACAUGGCCCUGCGUAUAUUUCGUGGUAAACGCAUUACAAAGGAGGUCGACGUCUGACUGUUUGCCUACAGUAGCGCUACCAACAGUGUAUAUACCCUUUCCAAAAUUGGAGUCACUAGUAGGUGGUGGUGAACCCCCUCCGGUCUUGGAACAACCAACCGACGAGUCAGGUAAAUCCUUGCUUUGUAAGACAGAUCGAGAUCUUUUACUUUCACACUUUCCCUGAAUUGAAUCAAAGGGAACCAACUUCUGCUUUUCUGACCCCUGAUACCAGCCACCGGAAAAUAUAUCAAUAACUAUUUGACUUGCAUGAAUAAAGUCACGCCCUAACAAAACCGAAUAUUGCAAAUCAGGAACUAAAUGAAAUUUUUGUCUCCUCUUCCCCGAGACCCAUGUCGUAGUUAAAUUAACAAAUUCAGAGUUUACUGAACUUCCACUGACCCAACUAAUAUUUGUAUAACACUUUUCUUUGUUAAUAUUUAAUUCCUCGACCAACUUAAUAACAUCAUGAUUAAUUAAUGAAAUUGAAGCUCCCGUGUCCAGCAACGCCAAAAAAUUACGACCGCAUAUUGAGACCUUAAUCAACGGAGACUUAUUAUCAAACAACAUAACUGAUUCCCUAUCCUUAACUUGGUUGCUUUCACUCGAUGUAUUAUUAACCUGAACCGCGCAACCUACAUCCGGUUCAGGUUGGGUUCGUUUCCCGAAUUCUGAUUUUGUCGGCGUGGACAAUUCCUUGAGAAAUGUCCCUCAGAUCCGCAAGUAAAACAAACAUUAUUGCGCUGUGAACUUGUAACAUUCUCUAAACUACUCGACCUAUUUGCUGUAAAAGAGGAAUUAAUUCUGGGGCUACUUUCCGACUCAGAAGAUCUACGUUGGGUAGGUGCAGGACUAACAUGACCCGGAUCAUUUAACGGAUUUGCCCAACUCACAUUUCGAGGAGUGUUAAAAUUUUGACGUGAUUGCUCUUGACCCUGGUCACUGCUCCUCCUCUGCUCAAAAAUAGAGUUAUUCCUAAUUCCUGGGGUUACAGUAGCGCUAUUAUUAUUAUUAUUAUUGCGGAAACUUGACUGUUGAUAAGACUGGGAAUGAUAAUGUCUAAACGGAUCAAAAGAACUAUGUUGUAAAUCACUUGUACUCUGUGUAAACGACGGCUUCCUAAUUGGUUGAUUAAAGUUAAUUUUCUGAGAGUCUGGUACUUUAUAGGCUAACGACGGCUCUACUACAGAAAACUGCUUAGGCUCACGAUACUCUUUUUCGUACCAAAUGUCUUCUUGGACUUUUAAGGCAGCAUCCGCCAGUUGUCUCAUGCUAAGGAACUCUUCACCAGUUCUCAGAAUAUUUUGUCUAUAACUUGGGUGCAUUUGCCUUAAGAUUCUAGAAAUCCUGACAGAUUCCGGUGUACGAGGGUCAAUUCGUUGAUAAAACCCAUUGAUUAUUCUAAUAUAGUGAGAUAGAGUUUCAUGAGGGCCUUGUGUUCUUUCUUCUAAUUCUCUUCUCAAUUCCUCGUCAUAACCUGGUGGUUGAAACUCUUUUCGAAAUAAUUGUCAAAACUGAUCCCAACAAGUAAUACUGUCCUUAAUGAAUUGAAACCAUUCAUACGCCUGACCAGAAAGUGCUACUGGAACAAUGGACAUAAACAUCUGUAACUCAGAAAGACCCGCUGAUAAUCGAUACUUUUCUAAUUCCGCUAAAAAGUCAAAUGGAGUUUUGAACUCAUGAGAUCCAGCAUAUUUAGGAAUCACCAACUCUUUUCCUUUCAAAUGAGGGAGAGCUUUCUCCCUAGUCCAACUUUCUCCUGACGCACGGACAGAAUCGGAUUGAUUUAUUUUCAAUCCUCCUAAUACUGAAGUCAACUGCUCUAAAAUCCCUGCCACCUGCUUACUGGUCGUCUGACUUUCUUUGGCUAAGUUGAACACUAAAUCUUGCAAUUCUUUUCCUUCAAUAACUUUCCCAGCUUGACGAUUUGAAACAUUCUCGCCUAUUCUUACAUUUUGACUUUCGUCAUCCUGAUGACCUGUCUCCUCCUCUUGUAACUUUUCAAAUCUGUUAAAAUUCGCAGCAUCGUACACAUCAACAUCAACGUCAUGCACAUCCUCCCUAUUGUUUUGCCUCUCAUUUCGCCUAUUAUUGAAAUUGGACUGUGCAUUCUGCUCUUCAUUUGCACCCAAAUCCGCCAUUUGUUGACGUCGUUCUCUCCUCUUUGCACCUCUAGUCCCACUAGCCAUGGUAACAAAGCAAAAAACCACUAACUUUUCAAAACCACAAAAUUUUCACACAAUGAAUGACCUUCCGCGUUUUUUCUUUGCCAAACCAAUUUUUUAGACUAUGCCCUCCCUCCAAUUUUAUUCUCAAGAUGAAAACUUUUGACCUCGCCAAAAAUAUAAAUUUCGAACUAUUUUUUGUAACUUCUCAAAACCAGCCAAAAACGCAGAGCCCCAUACCAGGCGCCACUUUGUGACGAAUUAUGCCUUCCCGACCUUAAUUACGACACUAUUUGCAUAUCCAAUGCACUACACUUUUCACCUCAGACCUGUUUCCGGUGAGGGUUAUAGAUAAGGUGACAUCAUGGAUUUACUUUAUACUCAGAUCGCCAUUUAUCUGUAUGUUUAGAUCCGCUAGUCUGUAUUACUAUUCGCUUCCAAAGUCUGUGAUGACGGGUCUAGUUUUGCAAAAUGUGUUCGCACUUAUCGUGCUUAUAAUUCCGGCAUUGGUUUUUAUCGAACUGAUUGGUUUGGCUACUAUCCUUGUAUUUAUGGGCUGUUUAGUUGGAUAUAUUGUUUGUACUAUUACUUGUUGCUGCACUGUGGAGGCUAUGGAUUUGGAGAGUCUGGCCAAAAAUAAACGGCUCCUUAUACAAAAAAUUGCUCAACUCCCGUAACAAGUGUUUUCACUAACGUUAAUAACUUUGUAAUUACUUAAAAUUUAUACCGUUUAAUACUAAAGUUACACAUUCUCGCUUUUAGAUUGUGUUAUAAUGGUUAGAUCAAAAUUAUGAAACAAACUCGUUGUAUAUAGUUGCCCCACAAGUUCUAAAUUUUAUACUUUUACAUGUAGAAACGUUUCGAAAUAUCCAGAGAGUUCUUGACUAAUGACUGCUGCAUUUAUUGCACAGAUAAUUGUUAGCAUAACCAAUAUCACUGCCUUUCAUAUGUUAUGCAUGCAUGCCUUAAUGAGCUUAUUCUUCAAGGGUCUCAGUAACUAUACUAUAGAUGACUGAAACUAGAAUAUAAUUUAGACAACAAAUUUGUAUUUAUUGCGAGAGUUGAAAACUGAGUUUUACCAAACUGAGUAAUAAAUAGCAUUUAUUCCAUAAAUGAA